AUGACUCCUCCGGUUUCCUCGUUCUCCCCUUUUCUGGUUUUUCUCGUGGUUGUGCAUAUUAGUCCAGUGGCCGCGGUAGAAGCACAUCUCCAGAUCCCAAGAAGUGCGGAAGCCCGUCCUGCUCUCGAUAAACCUCUACUAGCCAUUCAGAUUGGGAGCAUCGUUGCAUCCUACGUGGUAUUUGUUGCUUUUCUUCUAGCCUUGGUCUUGUUCGUUGGGCGGCGACUGCGUCGGACCGUUCAGUCAUCCCAGUAUUCGUUGCAGAUGGAGAUGCUGAAGCCAGUGAGGCCUCCAGUCAGCAUCGAUCCAAGUCCUAUUACUCCAGUCACACAGAACCUUCCUAGUCCGACCAGGUCAAGUGCCUUUACUUCUUGGGGCAGCAUUCCUAGAGCAGGCCGACCUUCACAACCGUCAAUCAACGGCAGUAUGGUCACUGUGGAUGAGUCUGUUGUUGCGUCCGAUCGGCAGAGGGCCGAGGAUGAGAUGGAAAGAUUAUACGCAGCGGUCAUGGAACACGAUGCGCAGAAGGCAGCUGGCAUCAAUGUGGCUUCUUUGAGGGAUUCGGAUUCGCUGGCUCCAUCUCCAGACAGCCAGUACAGCAAUCCCUUUACCGAUCGUGCAGCUUCACAAGUUUCUGUUUCAGCACCACCGGUACCACCAAAAUCCCCCAAAUAUUCCAAUCGACUGUCCAAGUUAUUCAGCUCGAAAUCAGCCACCUCUUCCGAUCUCGAUGCGGGAAAGCUGAAGUCUCCAAAGUUUCCCAUCCGAAAGUUGGGGAUUUCAUCUCCUUUGCCCUCGCCAAAUGCCCAAGCGAGUCAGUCCUAUGGCCAAGAACAUCCCCCGAUGUCUCCACGAUUCUAUACCCCAGGACCCCCUCCAAUUGCCCCCCGGGCAGCACCAGCAAUCGGACCGGUCAUGGCCCCUCCGACCACCCGUGCGCGUGCUCCUGCUCCACUGAGUCUGGCUACUUCUGCACAUUCUCCGUCGUCAUCAUCGUCGUUGCCAUUCCGCCAGGCCUAUCCCCAACAGAGUGCGCCAGCAACGAAGACGACCUUCUUAGAACGGCCCGCCAAAAAGAACGGGCCCAUCACUGGCAUGCCCACCCCUUACAGCCCUUACAUGCCUUUUACUCCCGUAACCCCGUUCACGCCAGGAAGAACCGUGACUAGACGUCAACGGAAGCGCGAAGAGCGAGGAACCAACCUUCAAGCCUUGAAUGAGGAUGAUUUGGUCAAGGAUGACGGUGACAUAUGGGGAUAG